UGUGAUUUGCUUCCUGUGCCGGAAUCACAGUGGGGACGUCGGGGUCAGACGGAUGGAGUCUCCGGGACAAGUCCAGAGCAGUGCUGCUGCUGGUGAGAGUGGAAGCAGAUGGUCCGGGCAGACUUCGGAGCUUAUUCUCCCCCUGGAUCCACUAGGAAGCGGCACAUCCGUUUUGCAGCCCAUCAUGAUAUCAUCCUGCUGCGGGAGGUCAUCCACCACAAUCCCUUCUGGGUGCGGGAGUUCGGCCAGGUGUGGGCAGCGGUGGCGGAGAGGAUGAGCACAGCCCUGCAUGGAGAAGGCUUCGAGGUGGAUGGUAGGAGGUGCAGAGAGAGGACCGCACUACUGCUGGAUUAUUACAAGAGGCAGAACUUCGCCAUGCUGCGCAGACCUCUACACAGGGGUGGCACAGAAGCCAUGUACAUGGAGAAAGAGGAAUUGCUGCGGAAGAUUCUGGAACUGGAGUCUGAGAAAUGGGAAGUUGGUUCUGAUCCCCGCCACAGGGACUCUUUAAGAGACACCCUUUGUGUGAAUGUCAGCGACGAGGCACUGCGCAGAGCACAGGAGGAGGCAUCCACUACACUUGCAAUGGAGUCUAAGCAGGAAGACAACAACAUGGGAGAAAGGCUGGUCAAGAAACAAGAAUGCGAAGGCUGCUGCAGCGCAUACGCUCGAAUACUGCAACACUUAGAACGGAGAGCGGAGGCAGAGCAGCGCCUACGAGAAGAGGAACUAGCUCUGCGACGGGAAGAACUGCAGCUACAGCGGGAGAGAGCCGCUCUGGAGAGAGAGAGGCAGGAGGCAGAGCGUAGGGAGAGGGAGAGGAGGUUUGAGCUGGAAAGGGAAGAAAGACAAGUCAUAUUAGAAAUAUUGAGAGAAAAAAUUAUUAAGUGACAACCUGCCACACUUACCACAUAAUCACAAAUGAAAUGUGACAAAAUGAAUGAGAAUAAAAGAGCACAGCUGCUAAGAGAGAUGGGACAGGUGCAGGGGUGGACUGACAACUCAUGGGGCCCCCGGGCAAUAGAAGAUUAUGGGGCCCCUGGGCUUACAGAUGGCCAC